AUGCUGACACGCAGAAGGUCAGGAAAUGUUUCAGUUUGUUACGACAGCAGUUGCUCUGGUAAGCUCUAUACACACUUUCACAAUAUAAGAUAUGACUUCCGGAAGUCGAGAGAUGCUUGUAAUUGUCCUAUUAUGGAUCUUACUACAUUUUUUGACGUUUUCUAUGAAAAGUACGAAUUUUUUACACAUUAAACUCGUGCUAAUAUGGAAAAAGUUAAUCAGUCGUCAUCUUCGGUUUUGUGGAUCUAUCAAGCUUCUCGACACGGUUCUUCAUAGGUUAAGAUACCUUCUACGCACUUACAAUUAGGCCUGUACCAUUUAUUUUAUUAGAGCUGGUACUGCUUAUUCAGGAAGACUAAGGAUACCACCGACACUGAAAACACGUUCCCGGACGUAAUUGAUAGGAAGUCGACUCGGAAAUAGAACUAUCCACACAAAUUUUUCUUAAAUUAACUAUCGCACCAAUCAUCGGAAAAGGCAAACGUAGACCCGAUCAUUACACAUAGUUUUUCGGUGCUGCCUCAAGACCGAGCGCCCAAAAUUCACUUUUCUUUCCUUUCGAGUAAUUUCGCUUGCUCUAAUCGAGUCGCUCUUGCUAUCUCCGGAAAUGUGAAUUUGGAACGUAUUUUUCGGAUUUCCUUUAAUCAGGCUCGCCCAUGGGUGGCGGUGACGCCUUCUGCGGCAGGGCCGCUCAGCCGGCGGGUCCACAGUCGGCGAUAUUUGGUGGACAUUCAGCUCCCGAAUCCUCUCAUGGCAUGGACACCUCCUUCGGGGGCGACAACAGCGGAGCUGCCGGCGCCACCAGUCCGUCCCCCGCACCCCUCACACCCCGCCCGACCACUCGUCACCAGACCAUGGAGUUCUUUGAGCUGUGCACAGAACUCAUUACGACUUUGGCUCGGUGA